CUACACGUCCGCUCACCCACUGCACAUCUAUAGAUACCCUCAACAUGUCUCUCAGUAUAGACGCAUACACCCCAACCGAAGUAAUCAACCUCGUCGCCCGAGCAGGCAUUGUCAAAGGCAAUACCCGCCUCGACAAAGUCUUCCUCAGCUCCGUCUCAGCAGGAUGUCUACUUGCCUUGGCGUGCGGAACCGCCCUCAGCACAAACACAAGUACCUGGUUUCAGGAGAAUGCGCCGGGGUUGAUUCGCACCAUUAGCGCCCUGGUCUUCCCGUAUGGAUUGUGCAUGAUUAUCUUAACCGGGGCGGAUUUGUGCACGGGGUCAUUUAUGUUCACAACGGUCGCAGCCCUACAGCGCCAACUCCCCUGGUGGAAGAUGCUCCUGCACUGGUUCAUCACAUUUUGGGGAAACCUAUGCGGAUCGCUAUUUGUCGUGGCGAUCAUCUUCGGCUACGGCGAAGUCUUCUCCACAGACCCCUACAAAAGCGAAGUCAUCUCCUUCGCCACCAAAAAGCAAGUCACUCCGCACUUCCAACAGAUCUUCCUCCGCGGCAUCGGAUGCAACUGGCUCGUUUGUCUCGCCUGUUUCUUCGGUCUACAGGGUCGUGAUCUCGCCUCUAAGAUCAUGGGCAUCUGGUGGCCGAUCUUCGCGUUCGUAUCGCUGGGAUUCGAUCACGUCGUCGCCAAUAUGACCUUCAUUCCGCUGGCCAUUUGGCUGGAUGCGCCGGACAUUACGGUGGGACUGUACGUAUGGAAGGGGAUUAUCCCGACGUUGUUGGGGAAUAUUGUCGGGGGUGGGCUUUUUGUAGGAACGUACUACUGGUACAUGUAUCUCUUGCAAGGGGAGAGUAUCACUCUGGCUGGGUUGCGCAGACAGGGCAUGGCUACUUCGGCGACAGCGACGCCGGCCACGGCAGGUGGGAAGGAUGAUGUUGAGGCGACUGCUGGGGCGAUUUAGUUCGUGAGUGAGCAAUCCCCUUGCGUAGGGGGUAUAUGAUGUGUCAGAUGGAUGGUUGUGAUGGUAGUUACUGGUGGUGUUGAUAACAAUAGUAAUUGCUAAUUCAAUAAGCUUAUGUGUCUGCCUCACGGCAACAUCAGGGAUUGACCAAUCAGUGUAAGAUCAAUAUACGCCAGGGCCAAUCUUAG